AUGAAGAAGAAGGAGGAUGGGGAAGUGGAAGAAGGUGGAAGUGGUCCCGUAUUGAAAAUGACCGACAGUAUCAUUAAACCGUUUCUGUGCGAGGUGAUCGACAAGACAAUCCUCCGAAAUGAAUGGGAGAAGUGGUUAAGGGCGUUUACAAUAUACCUCGAGGCCGAGGGUAUUGUUACCGAGAAGCGGAAGAGGAGUAAGCUACUGCUUUUGGGAGGAGUCCAGCUACAGUCAGUAGUAUACUCUCUACCUGGUGCGCUGGUGGAGCCCAGCGACGAAAAUAAAGAAGACAUCUAUAAUAUCCUCAUCGACCAUUUAAAUAAACACUUCUCACCGAAGCAAAACUCAACGUUUGAAAGACAUCUAUUCAGAGGCCUGACACCGUUGGACACAGAAAGCUUUGGUGAUUUCAUGCUGCGACUCCGCCAACAAAUGCAACGAUGUGCAUUCGGAUCCUCAAAAGCGGAGAUUGAGAAUAUAUGUCCAAAGGAUAAAAUCAUAGAUGUGUGGGCACCUCUAGACUUCAAGAAAAGACUUCUGGGAAAGGAGCAUUCACUAGAAGAAGUGAUAGAAGCAUGUCAGGUUGAGGAGCAGAUCAACAAAGAAUCAAAAGAAAUGACAUCAAGUGUAAUGUGCACACAUAUCGAAUAA